GAUUGGUAGCGGUCUUGCAGGGGCAGCUUUUGUAGAGUCGUGCGCGAUAAACAAGUUAGCAUCUGGUUCCACUCAUUGAAGAUCCUGAUAUGUCAGCCAGGAAAACCAAAACGUCCACUUCUGUGGAUGACGAUGUGUGCAUUGUUUGUUUCAAGAAUAUUACUAUUCGCUGCAUUAUGGACUGUGAACACACCAUAUGCUACGAAUGCUCAACAAGACUGAGAGUUCUGUGUGAAAAGCUGGAAUGUCCGAUUUGUCGUCAGGAAACAACAAUUGCGGUGUUUUCGCGCGACAAAGGCUCGUUCCGGUCGCUCUUCAUGCGCGCGCUGUACAACGAGGACAAGUACAAGCUGGCGCUGGAGGACGAGGCGGUGCGCCGAGCCUUCGCGGGCCUGCUGGCGCACAACUGCCCCGUCUGUCCGCAGCGGCGCGGCUUCGGCACGUUCAAGCAGCUGAGCGACCACGUGCUGCGCGAGCAUCAGCUCAUGUACUGCGACCUAUGCGUGGGGCACCUGAAGAUCUUCACAUCGGAGCGGAAGCUGUACAACCGGGAGCGUCUGGCGCUACAUCGGCGCAAGGGCGACCCGGACAACUCCUCCCACCGCGGCCACCCGCUCUGCAAGUACUGCGAAAAACGGUACGUGGACAACGACGAGCUGUUCCUGCACCUUCGGCGGGACCACUUCUACUGCCAUCUGUGCGAGGCUGACGGCGAGCAGAUCUUCUACGACGACUACAGCCACCUGGCGGAUCACUUUCGCGAAGAGCACUUCCUCUGCGAGCAGGGCGAGUGUCUGGAGAAGAAGUUCAUCGUCUUCAGGACCAAUAUCGACCUGCAAGCGCACCGCGCCACGGCCCACUCGGACAACAAGAGCCGCGCGCAGCAGCGCCAGGAUCGGGUGCUGACGCUGGAGUUCAGCGCCGAGCAGGGCGGCCGCCGCCGGCGCAACGACCGCUACGGCGACGCGCGCAACGACAGGAGGGAGCAAGGCGCCAGGGCCCACUCGCCGCCGCCGCCUCCUCCGCCUCUACCGCCGCAGCAGGCGCCGCCGAUGAACACAAGCAGCACGCAGGAGUUCCCGACUCUGGGCACGGGCGCGGCGGAAGGCGCUGAGAUCAGCGGCAG